CAACUGACAAAGUGUUGGCCUCCGUCGACUCACCGAACGGAGCGACGAGAUGAUCUUCUCACACUCGAGCUGCUUUGGGAGAUGGAGUUUAGCUUGGCGCUCGAAACGGACGCUUUGGAGGGCCUAUUCGAAUGGAUGGAAACAGUCGAGUUGGACAGUCGGGCAGCAUGGCCUGGAGAUGGGAUUGCUCUGCCUGGCAGACCGUGUGGGUUAUGGGGUCGUGGGUGA